GCUUGUCAAUCAAAGGGCUAUUAUGUUUUCUUCCUGGUUAGCUGCAGAAUGAAAGAAGGGCAACGUUCGGCAUAUUUCACACUGAUUAGUGAAAGGGGAGAGACCAUGUGGAAGUCACAUGAGCGACAAGGAUGAGGAAAAAACAACUGGGAGAGGACUGCUACCGCCUAACUUGUCAAUCCGACUGGGGAUUUGCUGCUUCCGAAGCUUGGCUGGGACAGCCUAGCAGCCCCUGACUCACCCUCUACUCACACAUAUGCAAUGAACAGCACUACUCAGCCCCCUGCCCCCAUAGACAGGGAUGUGGCAGUCAGCUCAUUGUUGGUACCAUUCUUCCUGAUCACCUUCAUCGGGAUAGCUGCAGCUGUGGUGCUGUAUGUGCGCAAGAAGAGAAGAAUUGACAGGCUUCGGCACCAGUUGCUUCCAGUCUAUACUUACGACCCCUCUGAAGAAUUACAUGAAGUUGAACAGGAAAUGCUGUGGAAAGAGGAAGAUACUAAAGUGGUGAAGGGUUGGGCACGAUCAUACCAGCAGCAAAGACCCCUGUUGAUGAAAGAUACCCAUGCAUGAGUGUGUUGGAGCAGGACAUAGAUCUGUGACGACAUACAGAUCAGUGGAGUUAACCCUUGAGAUGACAGAUUUGUCAGUCAUUCAACAUAAAGGGGUUUUAGGAAAAGCAUGGAGCCUGUCAUGCAUUCCGCAUCAUGCUCCUCCUCAGUCAGCAUCUCUGUUGGAGCAUUUACUUUGUACAGCGUCAGCCUCUAAGCUAAGAGGAGGUUGGUUAUUAUGUGAUUGUGAACCUCUGAUGCCAUGCCCCUGUGCCCGAAAGCUGCGGCAUACCCUAAACCACGACAUGUUGGCUAACUACUGGUGGACAUUUAUUUAUUUGAGAUUAUUUAUUCAAGUUUUUUUACGUUUUUUUACUGUGUUUGUGUGUGUCAUAAUGUGGGCGUUACUGAAACUAAGAUGGUGCCAUCCAUCCAAACAAGUAACUGGUGUUACAUUUGCCUUAAAUGUCAAUUGUUUCCAGUGAGAUUAGCAAAGCCUUGACCUUUGGUGGGAUGCUUACCGUUGUACUACUCGUUUUAGUGGUGUAAAAUUAGGUUACUAUAUCCCUCACUAUUCAAUGUAAUAGAAGUUACACAGAAGGUAUGCAAUCAAUCAAUUGCUGUUUUGUUUCCCUAUUUGUGGCACUUUGAAUGCCAUUAUGAAAGCAACCAAAACAAUACCACCUCCUCGUCAUCAUAGAGAUACUGUAUGUUAUGAUGAAAAGGUGGUGAAAUCAGAAGGAGGAUGUAUAGAGAGAGAAGAGAUGGCAAAUUAAUGUAACUAGUCAACCAACCUCUCCCUACCCCACCCACUCCUCUCCACUAUUUAGCUGUGACUACUGCCCUAAAAAUGUCCUGUUGGGAAGACAGGGCACCAGGAGGAUUGUUCUUCUAGCAGAAGAAUCUCUUUUGAAGAAUACCAUAGGCCUGACUGUAUACAGUACUCAGGAAACCUCAGCCACCCGUAUGUUUUAAGAAAUAAGUGACCAGUGAUUCAUCCUUGAAUUAUAUGUGCUCCAAGUUACCCUCCUUUCCUCCUUGCAUUUGUGAAUGUCAUGUAUUCAGGAUGAGAAGGAUGAAGGCUUCCAUUGAAAUCAAUCAUCUUAUCAGCACAUGUAUAUGUACAGUGUGUUGGAAUCCACUUGAUAAGAAUUUAAACAUACACUGUGUACAAAGCAUUAACAGCACCUUCCUAAUAUUGAGUUGCAACUUCUCAGAACAGCCUCAAUUCGCCGGGGCAUGGACUCUGCAAUGUGUCGCAAGCGUUUCACCGGGAUGCUGGCCCAUGUUGACUCAUGCUUCCCACAGUUGUGUCAAGUUGGCUGGAUGUCUUUUGGGUGGUGGACCAUUCUUGAUAUACACGGGAAACUGUUGAGUGUGAAGAACUCGGCAGCACUGCAGUUCUUGACACACUGGUGCGCCUGGCACCUACUACCAUACCCCAUUCAAAGGCACUUAAAUCUUUUGUCUUGCCCAUUCACCUUAUGAAAGGCACACAUCCACAAUACAUGUCCAUACACCACACAAUCCAAGGCUUAAAAAUCAUUCUUUAAUCUCCUUCCCUUCAUCGACACUGAUUGAAGUGGAUUUAACAAGUGACAUCAAUAAGGGAUCGUAGCUUUCACCUGGUCAGUCGAUGUCAUGGAAAGAGCAGGUGUUCAUAAUGUUUUGUACACGCGUUGUACAUCAGGUAUUUCCAUUUAUUUUAAUGUGGAAUUGAAACUUUUGACAUGAAUAGCUGACUUUCUCCUGAAUGCGAACUGCUACAUAUUACUCUCCACUAUUUAUAAAGUCUGUUUUAAUUCCCAUGCACAUUAAACAUGUACAGUUGAAGUUGGAAGUUUACAUACACCUCAGCCAAAUACAUUUAAAUUCAGUUUUUCACAAUACCUGACAUUUAAUCAGAGUAAAAAUUCCCUGUUUUAGGUCUGUCAGGAUCACCACUUUAUUUUAAGAAUGUGAAAUGUCAGAAUAAUAGUAGAGAAUUAUUCAUUUCAGCUUUUAUUUCUUUCAUCACAUUCCCAGUGGGUCAGAAGUUGACAUACACUCAAUUAGUAUUUGUUAGCAUUGCCUAUAAAUUGUUUAACUUGGAUCAAAUGUUUUGGGUAGCCUUCUACAAGCUCCCCACAAUAGAUUGGGUGAAUUUUGGCCCAUUCCUCCUGACAGAGCUGGUGUAACUGAGUCGGGUUUGUAGGCCUCCUUACUCACACACGCUUUUUCAGUUCUGCCCACAAAUUUUCUAUAGGAUUGAGGGCAGGGCUUUGUGAUGGCCACUCCAUCUUUGUUGUCCUUUUAAGCCAUUUUGCCACAACUUUUGAAAUAUGCUUGGAGUCAUUGUCAAUUUGGAAGACCCAUUUGCGACCAAGCUUUAACUUCCUGACUGAUGUCUUGAGAUGCUUCAAUAUAUCCACAUACUUUUCCGUCCUCAUGAUGCCAUCUAUUUUGUGAAGUGCACCAGUCCCUCCUGCAGCAAAGCACCCCCCCAACAUGAUGCUGCCACCCCCGUGCUUCACGGUUGGGAUGGUGUUCUUCAUCUUGCAAGCCUCCCCCUUUUCCUCCAAACAUAACAAUGGUCAUUAUGGCCAAACGGUUCUAUUUUUGUUUCAUCAGACCAGAGGACAUUUCUCCAAAAAAGUAUGAUCUUUGUCCCCAUGUGCGGUUGCAAACCGUAGUCUGGCUUUUUUAUGGCUGUUUUGGAGCAGUGGUUUCUUCCUUGCAGAGUGGGCUUUCAGAUUAUGAUUUUGCACUUUUCGCACCAAAGUACGUUAAUCUCUAGGAGACAGCGUCUCCUUCCUGAGCGGUAUGACUGCUGCGUGGUCCCAUGGUGUUUAUACUUGCAUACUAUUAUUUGUACAGAUGAAUGUGGUACCUUCAGGCAUUUUGGAAUUGGCUCCCAAGGAUGAAUCAGACUUGUAGAGGUCUACAAUUUGUUUUCUGAGGUCUUGGCUGAUUUAUUUUGAUCUUCCCAUGAUGUCAAGCAAAGAGGCACUGAGUUUGAAAGUAGUCUUUGAAAUACAUCCACAGGUACACCUCCAAUUGACUUAAAUUAUGUUAAUUAGCCUAUCAGAAGCUUCUAAAGCCAUGACAUUAUUUUCUGGAAUUUUCCAAGCUGUUUAAAGGCACAGUCAACUUAGUGUAUGUAAACUUCUGACCCACUGGAAUUGUGAUACAGUGAAAUAAACUGUAAACAAUUGUUGGAAAAAUUUGUGUCAUGCAGAAAGUAGAUGUGCUAACCGACUUGACAAAACUAUAGUUUAACACGACAUUUGUGGAGCGGUUGAAAAACAAGUUUUAAUGACUCCAACCUAAGUGUAUGUAAACUUCUGACUUCAACUGUAAUGAUGCAUUUGAUGAAAAUGCAUUGCACUGUUCCAAACAUGGCAACCCUGCUUACUAUUAACAGCUUCUUUGGGGAAUUGCCAUGGCGAAUUCUGAAGCAAUCCAGAAUAUAAACUACUGAUGAAAAUACAUUUUUUAAAUGUAAUUUUGACUGUUAAAGGUUUCACACACUUGUUAAAAGACUGAAUAUUUGUGUUGCUUGAUUUUACUGUCCAUGAAGUAAACUUGUAUAUAUCUUAAUGAGUUUAUUGACUUUUUAUGGAUGGUCCGGAUGUAACGUAGAGCAAAAAUAAAAUGGAAAGAGGAGUACA